AUGGCCUCCCCGUACUUGAUGGGCUGUCAGCGCCGUGGUAGCCCGGAGAAUAAUCUUUGGAUACCGUUUCCUCGGACAAGCGAUAUUUCUCAGAGUAACAGCGAAACUAUGAAGCCGCAAAGUACAAAGAAUCCGAAACAAGAGCGUACUGUGGCACUCGGCCUACGGGAAAGACAUGCAACUAUUUGCCCUACAGCAGUGACGGCCUGGUCCCGAGCUUCAACUUUGCGGCCCUUCCCGAUUUGCUGCGUGGCCGCAGGAUCUAGCCUGGUGACCUUCAGCUUAUGCGAGUUACAUAUCGAACGUGAAGACGGCGACUCCACCGAUAACAUGCACGCCGCCCUGGUGCAUCGACGAUCGGACAGGUUUCGAAGCAGCAUGCGCCGAACGAGUUCCAAGAGUAUACUAAGCAAGGCCAUUGAUGAGAUGCUUUGCGACCACCCAAGCGACCCUGUUGCCAUGAUGGUCCAGCGACAAGCCAGGGAGAGCGCAUCGCAUCUUCUGCUACUCAGCUCUCACAUCAGCGGGUGGGGGUUUCCUGUCUCGACUCCUUGUCAGACGUUGCACCAGCCGUUACGGGCACGCCUCGUUGUGAUACGGGAACGCGUGCCGGGGCUUGGGCUUCGUCAUCGACCGCGCCGCAGAGCUGGCCGACCGUCCGCGCUGCGCGUCGACGGCGCACAGGUUACUGAAGGACCGCAGUACCCCUUCUCUGUGUACACCGCGUGCUUCUCAUCUCAAAGGAGCUCCUCGCGGUCUACGCCGCGGUACCAGGCAGGCUUGGGCGCGACCACGCCACUCUUCGUCCUCCAGCUCCCCCCACAACCCAUGCCCAGAUGCCGGGGCUGCAACCGACGAACGUUCUUGGUUCCAGGAGUCUCGUCAAAGCAAGGCCCAGGGCGCGCGGCGCGCCCGCCAAGCACCACCACCACACCCCCUCCCCUGGUCCAUGAGCGAGACAGACAGGGUGUCUACGACAGCGCUAGUCCUGUCCGAGCCUGGAGCCGCGCCCGUUUGACCCCGAGUCCGUGUUCUCGGGCCCGUUGUCUCUUGUCUCCUCUCGCUGGCUGUCGUUCCAGAAGCGCCGAUCGGCUGGAUUUGGCUGGCGCCUCUGCCUUCCUGGAGUGGGCAGGGUAG